AUUCAAGGGUUGUAUCCUUUUCAUGACCUGUUCAAGAACAUGCCCAUCUAGACAAGAAAGCUAGUCUAAUUGUUAAUAGAUUGAAAUAUACUGUAUCCCAAGAAACCGACUGAAUAAACCAAGAAUAUCCGGUAUUUGGCAGUAAAACAUCAGUAUACAAUCCAGAUAUUUUGUGGGAUUAAAGUGCAAAUGAUCGUCCCAAUGUAAUAACCACAAUUUGAGGCUGUCAACCUCGAGCAUGGCAGUUGUUUCACUAACCUAUUUUGCUACGAAGGCCAUGAACUUCGUCGAGAAUGAGGUGCUGAAGGUAAGAGAUGGUUGGCAAGAAGUGGAUGCCGUGAAGGAAGAUUUUGACCGCAUUAAGGCCAUCCUGCGUGAUGCAGAUUCACUAGAAGAGGGUAGCCAAUUCAUGAAAGAAUCGGUCAGGAAACUAAGAAAUCUUGCUGAUGACAUCGAAGAUGCUCUUGAUGAGUAUAAGCUGCUGAAGGUGCAACAUCAAGGCCAUGGACUCCUUGAAUUUCUACAGAAGUCACAUAGCUAUGUGAAGAACUGGAAAGCUUGCAGAAGGAUCAUGCUUUGGAUGAGAGACUUAAGUUCCAAAGUCAAAAGUAUCUGUGAAGAACAUCAAAAGGUGUGUUACCAGUUCAAACAAGAUGCAGAACAAGGUUUGAGCUGCACCUCUACAUCCAGCACAUGGCACCACUUGCGUGGAGAUGCACUUCUCCUGGAAAAGGAUGAUCUAGUGGGUAUUGACGAGCCCCAAGAGCAACUGGUGAAGCGGUUGGUGAAGGGUCCUCCUGAGAAAGAAAUAAUUCCAGUUGUGGGGAUGGGUGGUUCGGGAAAGACUACCCUCAUAAAGCAAGUCUUCGAUGAUCCAGCGGUGAAGAAACACUUCACAAUCUGCGCUUGGAUCACUCUUUCUCCGUCUUCGAGGACAGCAGAAGUCCUCAGGGACAUGCUUCAGCGAAUCGCUAGCAGCAUCAUGGAAUCUGUCCCCAGUGGAACAGACACUUUAAGUACUGAAUUACUGAAAAUGAUGGUCAAGAGCAUGCUGCAAAGAAGAAGAUCGAGGUACUUGAUCAUUCUUGAUGAUGUAUGGCGUAUUGAGGAAUGGGAUGCUGUCAAACAUGCAUUUCCCAACAACAAAAACGGUAGUCGAAUAAUGAUGACAACCAGGGAUGUCAAGAUAGCGUCAUCUUCAUGCAAGGAAUUUGCUGGAGAGGUCUACUACAUGAAGCCUUUGCGUGCUGAGCAAUCGUGGAAGCUUUUCUGCAUGAAGACAUUUAAGAGUGACUCAUGUCCUUCGAAUUUGAAGGAGAUAUGUGAACACAUCUUACGGAAGUGUGAGGGGCUACCCUUGGCAAUCGUUGCCAUUAGCGGCAUUUUGGCCACAAAGGACAGCGACAAGAUAGAUGAAUGGCAACUCGUACAUCGAAGUAUUCGUUCUGAAAUUGAUGGCAAUGGUAGGCUGAAGAACUUGAAGAAGGUACUUUCUCUUAGUUUCAACGCCUUGCCUUACCACCUAAAACCUUGUUUCUUGCACUUGAGUGUAUUCCCAAGGGAUCAACAGAUUGAGCAUAUGCGGUUGAUCCGAUUAUGGGUGGCGGACGGACUUGUCAAAACAAAAGAGGGUAAGACUCCGGAAGAAGUUGCAGAGGAGUACCUUAAGGAUCUCCUAAACAGGAGCCUCAUUCAAGCGGCUGAGCUAACUAGUGAUGGAAGGGUCAAGAUGUACCGAGUUCAUGACCUCUUGUGGGAAAUUAGCAGAACGAAUUCUGAAGAUCGAAACUUUGCAGCUGUAGUUGACGAACAACAUGCAGUGUGGACAGAUAGAGUUCGUCGCCUAUCAGUUCACAAAGUACUUCAAUCUGCACAGCCAAACGAGCCGCUAUGGAAACUUCGCUCUCUGUUCAUGUCUGGGGUAAGAAAGUCAUCCAUAAAUAGAGUGCUCUCUUCUGGUCUCAAACUGCUCAGAGUUCUAGACUUCCAAGAUGCCCCUUUGAAAAGGUUUCCAACACAAGUGAUUGACUUGCAUCUUCUCCGUUAUCUAAAUCUUAGGUGCACCAAACUCCAAACACUUCCGAGUUCGAUAGGAAUGCUUCAGCACUUGGAGACCCUGGAUCUCAAACACACGUUUAUUACUGUAUUGCUGGUGGAAAUCACAAAGCUCCACCAGCUUCGCCAUUUGCUUGUAUAUCGUUACGAAAAUAUUGCUUAUUCGCACAGUAAGUAUGGCUUUAAGCCCCUUGGAGAAAUUGGGGCUCUGCAAUGUUUACAAAAGCUAUGCUACAUAGAAGUGGAUGAUCAAAAAAGCCGCAUCCUGAUGAGAGAGAUCGGGAAGUUGAUUCAACUGAGAAGGUUGGGCAUCCUGAAGCUAAAGAAAGAAGAUGGAAGGACACUGUGCCUAUCAAUUGCCAAGUUGACCAAUCUCCGUUCAAUAUCAAUUUCUUCUCUUGAAAAUGGUGAAAUUGAUCUGCAAAACCUUUUUUCUCCUCCACAGCUUCUUCAAAGAGUGUUCUUAACUGGAAAAUUGCAGACAUUGCCACAUUGGAUUGCCAAGCUCCAUAAUCUUGCCAAACUUAAACUGAAAUGGAGCCAUCUCGAGGAAGAUCCGAUGUCAAUCCUCCAAAGUUUGCCCAGUCUUAUACACCUCGAGUUACUUCAAGCCUAUGAUUGGCAAAGACUAUGCUUCGAGGCUAAAGGGUUUAAGAAGCUCAAGGUAUUAGGUCUCGAUUGUUUUGAGGGGCUUACAUUUAUACAAGUAGAGGAAGGAGCAAUGCCUUGCCUUGAAAAGUGGAGCAUCCAGCGAUGCAAAUGUCUGAAAAAUGUCCCGUCAGGAAUCGAGCAUCUCAGCAAGCUCAAAGUGCUGGAGCUUUUCGACAUGCCUGAUGAACUAAUCGAGAAACUUAAGCCACAAGAACAAGAUGAAGAAUGGGGGAAAGUUGCACAUAUUCCAGAGCUUAGUUAUGGAUACUGGAGAAAUGGUGGUUGGGACGUGAAAUCAGUUGAGACGGCAGCCAAGAAGAGAAGCAAUCUUCCUCCUUGUUGGAAGUAAUGCCUAGAAGUGUUUCAAACCAGGGCUGUUUUUAUAGAUCUAUCUGCUUACAACAACUUUCAUGGAAUCAUCCUAGUUGUGCAUAAGGUAGUUGUCCAUGUAGCAUUACCCUGUAGCUUUGUUUGGUUAAAAAGAAGUGACUUCUGUUUACUUGGAUCUUGUUUAUGUCAUGAUAGAGUAAAAGUCAUCUGAUUAGUAAAUAUCAAAAACUUCUGUAAGAGUUUGGUGUAGUUGCUGAUGUUUUAAAAAUCUUCUUACCUUUUGCUAAUUUUGAAACCAGAUCAUCAUCAUGGUGUGAGCUUGGUAAAUUGACAUUUUAAUGACUUUCUCUUGCAUAGGUUGGGUCAACAUAGAGAGAGCGUCUCAGCAGAUAUUCUGUUUAUUUUGGGUCUCGUUUAUGUCACUUUAAAUAAAUAAAAAAAGAAACUCCAUCCUGAACAUCUGAAUAAAUUCUGAAUGCUCAACAAUAUUCAAACGAAAACUGACGAGCAAACAUUGAUAAUUGACGAAAACUUCCAAGUGUACUGACAAAUGAAGUUCACAGAGUUGGAACCACUCCAGCAAUUCGCUCACAAAUGAUUCUGCAUCUACUGCUAAAUCAUUCAAUGGCAUGGCACUUCGGAUCUAACUUAGCAUAAGGAGGUGCCAAGCUACAGCAAACUCUUUGCUCCUUCUAUUGCUGACAGGAAAACAUACGAUAGCGCAUUGUUUUCCGGUAAUCAGACGGAAGCUUAUUCUAAGGAGUUGAUGUCAUGUGCUAUCCCAAAGUCUUCUUCGUAUGCUCUCGUUGAGUCUAUAUCUAACCUGAAUUUUCAUACUCCCAAACGGCUGACUGAAAUGGAAACUCCUGUUCCCUCCAUCAUACCUUGUAAGCACUUUUUUGAAACUACUGUCAUAAGAAAAUUUACAGUUUUAACCUAGUAUCCAUGUGUCAUUUCAAGCAUAAACGCCAUAGGAAAAAUCAAUAGUGAGUCAAAGAACAUUUUACGCCAGUAAAGAGAGCAACUUUUGCUAUGCACAACUGGCACAAGUGCUACUGCUAUUUUGGUUUUGUUUUGUUUACUUUAUCUGAGAGGAGGCUAGAGCGAGCAACAAUUGUUGGGUUCUGAGCUCUGUCAUCAGGGAAUAAUCUUCAAGCUGCAUUCGACCACCAACAUCAGAAAAGAAAAUUCCUAACACAUUGGAGCUAAGACUCAGCAAAAACAGCCAUGAUCUAGACAUGUGAAACCAUUCAACUACCUUAGUUGGGCUUGUAGCGCCACGAUGAGCAGCAACUUUCAAGGAACUAACAGCUACUGCAAUUCCAGAGGACAACUGUGCUGCCACCUUCACUGCUUGAAGCUCUUUGAAAAUUGCUGCCAAGAGAAUUCACUUCAAUCUCCAAAAAAAAGGGUAUCCAAAGUCAGAAACAAUCAUCAUGAAAAGGACAAAAAACGAUAAAUGAGGGGUUGGGUGAAAAGGGUACGAGAGACAUGGAAGACAAUCAUGCUCCAUGUUUUGUUUCUGUCACCACACCAGCACAGCACUGUGAUCUUUUCAAGCUUGAAGAAAAUAUAAGAGUACAAAGAACAACAGACAUGCCUCGUCCUUUCCGAGGUAGCGGAAUCUCCAGUUACACCGCACUCUAGUUCAGGCUAGGAUGCCUGCUCCUUUCCUUUUCGUGGCAAACUUCAGACAGACAUGCUGCUCUUCGUCUCACUCCUCCUUAAGUUGGAAUGCGUUCCUAAUUUCGUGGUUCAAAAUGGUAUCUUUCAAGGAAAUUGGAGGGAUGAAAACCUCUUCCUUUCCUUGAAGGACUUGGCCAUUUUCCAUUAGGAAAACAGGCGUGA